CUGUGUAUAUUUCACCAUUUUAGAAAAGGAAAAAUAUCAGUGCCCAGAACUGAACACACAACUGUAGCUAAUCCAUCAUACUAGAAGACAAUCGCCUCUCUCAUUUGGAAUACUUUGCCUCUGUUUUUUUUUGAACCGAGGUGUUCAUUUGUACCUGCUAAAUUUUCUUUUAUUCUAUGUGGCCAUUCUUUUCACUUGUCCUUCCAACCAGCCAAGUGCUCCGCAGAGCCAGAUCAUCUUCCAGGAGAACUGGUAAACAAAGUUUCUGAGCUAGCCAGGCUGAGGUCCAAAUUGCAGCAGGCAGCUGCAGCAGCUCUCCUGAAAGCCCACCUUAAAGCAGCUUCCUUAACAUGUGUGCAUUCUGCCCUGCUUUUCAUGAGAUCAUCUGUUUAUAGCCUCAGCCUAAAAUCUUCCUUAUGAGAAACCUUAGUGAAUGUCUUAUCAAGGAAGACAAUGCCUCACAUUAAAUCAUGUUGAUAAGUUGAUGGGAGAGAACGUUCUCACCCAAGAAGAUUGUUAUUUCCUGAAGGGAUAAAACCCCACCAGGGAAAACACCUGUGGUACUUAUAGGUAGGGCUGGUCUACAAAAAGCUGAUAACAUAGUUCUGACCAGAGGAGGAAGGCAGAGUGCAUUUAUUCAUUCCUGAAAGCUUUGUGGGUAGGUGUGCAUCUUUCACAUCUUAAAGAUUCACAGUCCCUGAGCUGGACAGAGGUGCCAACCCUGAAGAAUCUCUCCAGAAUCCAAGUUGCUGAAUCUUCCCUGCUGCCUACAGAGGCUCCAAACCACCACUUGACAAUGGGAAACUGGGUCGUUAACCAUUGGUUCUCAGUUUUGUUUCUGGCUGCUUGGUUGGGGCUGAAUGUUUUCCUGUUUGUGCAUGCCUUCCUGUCAUUUGAGAAGGACAAGUACUACUACACAAAACAAAUCCUGGGGUCGGCAUUGGCCUGGACCCGAGCCUCUGCUUGCAGCUUGCAUUUUAACAGCAUGCUGAUCCUGCUUCCCGUGUGUCCAAAUUUGCUGUCCUUCCUGAGAGGCACCUGCUCACUGAGUCCCAGCCAAUUGCGCACCCUGGGAAAGCAACUGGAUCACAACCUCACCUUCCACAAGCUGGUGGCAUAUAUAAUCUACCUACACACAGCUAUUCACAUCACCACAUACCUGUUUAACUUUGAACGAUAUAGCAGAAGCCGACAGGCCACAGAUGGAUCCCUUGCUUCCAUUCUCUCCAACCUAUCUCAUCAGGAGGAAGAUUCUUGGCUAAAUCCCAUCCAGUCCUCAAACACAACAAUGGAGUAUGUGACAUUCAGCCACAUUGCUGGUGUCACUGGAGUGAUCAUCACAAUAGCUCUGGUUCUCAGAGUGACUUUAGCUAUGGAAUUUAUCCGGAGGAGUUAUUCUGAGGUCUUCUGGUAUAUACACCAUAUUUUUAUCAUGUACUUCAUUGGCUUAGGGAUUCAUGGCCUUGGUGGACUUGUCCGGAAUCAAACAGAAAAGAACAUGGAUGAGAAUCAUCCUCACAAGUGUGCAGAAUUUUUUGAGAAGUGGAAUGAUCCUGACUCCCACUGCAAACCUCCCCAAUUUGAAGGGCUCCCCGCUGAGUCUUGGAAGUGGAUCCUUACACCAGUCAUUAUUUACAUCUUUGAAAGGAUCCUCCGAUUUUAUCACUCCCAGCAGGUUGUGAUUACCAAGGUGGUCACGUACCCAUCCAAAGUUUUGGAAUUGCAGAUGCACAAGCAUGGCUUCAGCAUGGAAGUGGGACAGUAUAUUUUUGUUAAUUGCCCCUCAAUCUCUUACCUGGAGUGGCAUCCCUUUACCCUGACCUCUGCUCCAGAGGAAGACUUCCUUUCCUUUCAUACCUGAGCAGUGGGGGACUGGACAGAAAAUCUCAUAAGGGCUUUUGAACAACAGAAUUCACCAGUUCCCAGGAUCAAGGUGGAUGGUCCCUUUGGCACUGUCAGUGAGGAUGUCUUCCAGUAUGAAGUGGCUGUGUUGGUCAGAGCAGGAAUUGGGGUCACCCCCUUUGCUUCCAUCUUGAAAUCCAUCUGGUACAUAUUCUGGAAUGCAGAUCACAACCUCAAAACACAAAUGGUAUAUCUAUUCUACUCGAUCUAAAGGGAGACAGGUGCAUUUGCUUGGUUCAAUGACCUAUUGGUUUCCCUGGAACAGGAGAUGGAGGAAUUAGGCAAAGUGGGUUUCCUAAACUACCAUCUCUUCCUCACCGGAUGGGACUGCAACUUUGCUGGUCAUGCGGCAUUAAGCUUUGACAAGGCUACUGAUAUCCUGACAGGUCUGAAACAGAAAACCUCCUUUGGGAGAACUAUGUGGGACAAUGAGUUUUCUACAAUAGCUACCACCCACCCCAAGCCAGCGGUGGGAGUCUUCCUGUGUGGUCCUCAGACUUUGGCAAAGAGCCUGUGCAAAUGCUGUCAUCAGUACUCCAGCCUGGAUCCUAGGAAGGUUCAAUUCUACUUCAAUGAAAAUUUCUGAAUUAUAAGAAUAAGGAUGGUAAUCUGCAUUUAGCCUCUGUAUCUUCAACAAUUUACUUGGUCUGGUCAGGUUUGGGCAACGACUUAAGGACAAUAACAUGUUUCUUUCAAGUCUUGACUCCCUGGUAUUCUUUUUUGAUUGGACUCAACAUCAUCACUGAGCUUCAUGGACCUAAGAACUUCAGAAGUCACAAUAAUUGCAAAGCCCAUGGAUCCUUUCUUGGGAAAACAACUGUAAAUCCUUCUGGAAUGCCAUGAUUGAAGCAAGGCUUGAUAGGAGACAUGGUUGACAGUUACACAAUUUAACCCCAGGUGAUUUUGUUGAUUCCAAGUGUUACUGUCUCCUGGACUCUGGGUCACAUUCUCCUCUCCCUCCCACCCACAAAGAAGAUUUCUAAGUAGGGUGAUUUUUUAAAAUAAAAAUUUAUUAAAGAAUGACAAAACAUAAUAAUAAGCAUAAAUAGUAAAACAACGAACAUAGAAUUACCAAGAACCCAAUCCCUAUAUAACACUAUGUACAUUCUUACUGUUAAACAUGGUCUUAUCCAGUGUGAACAGCAAUUUAUGCUUUACCUAUUUUUGCUUGUCAAAAAAUGAAGGAUUUUCUUCUUUGCUUAAUGAAUAAAUCUUUUGUUACUUUACCUAGGCUCUCCAUUUGGGAAAGAAAAUCCUGAAAGUAUGCUAAUCAUAAUUGAAAUUGUAUUAUAAUUGAAAGUCAGUUAUGCUGUCAUUAGCUUGCAUUGUUCUGUUGGAAAUAAUUGUGAAAACUUGAACUCCAUCUUAGGAUGAUUAUUUAAUCAACAAGGACUCUUUAUUGCCAUUAUUAUCAAGGGGUUUUAUUAAUGUCUAGUCUUAAAAAAAGUUAAUUUAAAAUUUUGACAACACAUUUUUUGGCUCGUACAUACCUAUUCAUUAAGGAAUCAUUCACCUAAUGACAUCAGUAAAAUGCCUUUUCUUUCUCCUAUCUAAAUGCUUUUUACUUCUUCCAUCCACCUGGCUCUGGGAUGUCAGUAGUCACAGUGAAACAGUAGAAGGAAAGAUUGGGGCCCUUAAAAGAGGAAAAAUAAUCCACAUUUCAUUGUGCCCAAAGACAAUUCAAAUCACUGGAUUUACAAGAAUGUUUUUACUGAAUCAACAUUAUAGCACCUAUUUCUCUACCAUUAAGUGAGCAAAAAUGAAUAAAUGAUUGUUUCUAAUUAUCCAGAAAUCUACAUGGUUUGAAAGAUUAGUAAAACCAAUUUUUUCAGUCACUAGUUUGAACAAAAUAAAGGUAGGUCAUGAACUCAUGGUAGCUAAUUGUGUUUCAUUUAUUAACUG